CGCCGCCCGGUCACCCCACGUUCUUGUGGUCCGAAGGGUUUUGCCGCGUCGCUUGACGUGGGCUCCUGUUGUGAUACACACUUUCGUUCCAGGACAGAAGGCUGCAGCGGAAAACCACCACCACCGACCAGCACCGAGAAAACACAUAAAUCUCCAGAUAUUAUCAAACAGUCACGUAUCUGUAGAUUUGACGGCCUUGCUGUGUUUUGGCCGUCCAGUGACGCUCGUUGCACCAUGGCCGAGCACUUCCACCUGAACACGCCGCUGCUGGAGAGCGUCCGCAUGUCCAGGCGGGUGGGGACCACCGUCUAUUUAAAGAUGGAGAACUCGCAGCCCUCUGGCUCCUUCAAGAUCCGCGGCAUCGGGCACCUCUGCCGGCAGCUCGCCAGACAGUCCAAAGGAGUUGUCUGCUCCUCAGGUGGUAAUGCAGGUAUGGCCGCAGCCUACGUAGCCAGAAAAAUGGGUCUACCAGCCACCAUCGUAGUUCCCUCCUCCUCUCCUCGUAUGGUCAUUCAGAGACUCCAGGAUGAGGGUGCUGCCGUCAAGAUUAUAGGGAAGGUUUGGGAUGAUGCCAACGCAGAGGCGCUCAGACUGGCAGAAACCGAAGGACUCACCUAUGUCCCUCCGUUUGAUCACCCCCUGCUAUGGCAGGGCCACGCCACAAUGAUCGCAGAGGCUGCCGCCUCUCUGGGUCCCAGUGUGAGGCCUGGAGCCGUGGUGGUGUCUGUGGGUGGAGGAGGGCUCCUGUGUGGAGUCGUCCAGGGCCUGAAGGAUCUAGGCUGGACGGACGUCCCGAUCGUCGCUAUGGAGACGGUGGGGGCCGACUGUUUUAACGCGGCGGUUAGGGCGGGGAGGACGGUCACUUUGGACGACAUCACCAGUGAAGCCAAGUGCCUUGGAGCAAAGACCGUUUGCAAGCAGGCUUUUGAAUACAGCCAGUGCAGCGAGCUGACUAUCAUCUCUGAACUGGUGACUGACCAGCAGGCUCUGCAUGCUGUUGAGACGUUCCUGGAUGAGGAGCGUGUGUUGGUGGAGAUGGCAUGUGGAGCAGCACUAGCAGCUGUCUACACUGGACUUAUACGCAGAUUACAGGAUGAAGGUCGCCUGCCGACUCCCCUGGGCCCCCUGCUGGUGAUCGUGUGCGGCGGCUGCAGCGUCGACAUGGAGCAGCUGUCCGACCUCAGGAACAAACUACGGACCUAAGCCGCCGCGUGCGUGCUGGCAGGUGCACGUGUAUGGGUACAUAGCAAUAAAUGGGUUUCUGUGUGAGUAAACAAUGUUGGGCUACAACCGCUGCAAAGGCAGUGCAUCAACUCAAGAGAAUGGAGGGAUGAAUGAAAGGGUGGAUGGAGUAAAAAUGAAUUCCGGGAAAUAAAGAGCAACAUACAAGAA